UUGCGCGGCAGUUGGCCAUUUGGCUUUGGCGUUAGCCGUUUUUGUUUAUCGCGCUGCGGACCGCCUCGCAUUUCGCGUCGCCUUGGGCCAAUUAGAAAAUCCCUGCUCCGCGAAAAUUCCACUCGAGAGUUGCAGUUCCGCGGGUUGAACUAAAGUGUUUUCCGCGAAAAUCUUACUUGGCCAAGAAAACGAAGAAAAAGUGCAAAUCCAAGGGAGAAACAAGAAAAAAAGCAAACGCAAGCGGUGCAAAAUAAGUGCAAGAAAUGUGCUAAAAAUUUAAUUUGUUUCGGCCACCCCACCCCGCCCAUUCGCCACCUUGCCACCCCACCAAAGGUGACGCAUGCGAGAGAAGCAAAAGGCAAAAGCGGACAGCAAAAACAACUCAAGAAGGCGAUACAAAUUGAGAGCAAGGAGCAUAUUUACAUUCACAUGCAUGACUCAUGUUCACAGCAGGAUAUCGCAAAGGAGAAAGAGAGUGGUGAAGCCAGGGGAGGGAAAGAGCGCGACAGAGCUUAGCCGGCUUUGUUGGUGUUACACAGAAAAAAACUGUUUUCUUUUAAUAUACCAACUACAAAAUUACAUCCAAGAAAUCUGAAUUACAUUAAAUUUUUUCAAAUAACUUAAAUAUUUCUUACAAAAAUGGCAGGCAGGAAAUUGUAUGAAUUACAUUUUGACAGAAGAUUUUUAUUUCGUAGGUUUCUUAAUUGAAGUACUAAGCACAAAAUUAAAUGGUUUUGAUAUUUUUUUCGUUUUAGUAGAUAUAGUAGUAGAUAUAUAUUUUUUCUGUGUAAGCGAGAGUGUCCAAUUGGGAGAGUCAUGUAAAAGAGAGAACGCCAAUCAGCUGUGAAUGCACAAGUCCUUGAAGCACACACAAAAAACCGCUUGUUUGCGGAGCAGAGUGAAUCGAAAUCGAGCGGAUGUGUGGCUCAACUUUUGCCGAUUUCCCUUAUUAUCCCUUCCAGAGGGAGAAAAACUUUCGGCUCAACUUUUCGUCUCAGUUUCAAUUUCCGCUGUCCUUUACCGUUAUGCCCUUUUAUAGCCCAGUUAGCCUGCAUUCGUCGUGGCCUUGACAACACUUUUGACAUUGACACCCGCCCCCCUCACCUCACCCACACUUAUGGAAGGAAAGAGAGUGAAUAAGAGAGGACUUAGCUUUGCUGCAGCUUCCUUUUCAUUGUUGUUUUUGUGGGGCCCGAAUAACGGACACCUGUUGAAUGCAGAAUGUUCACACACACACACACACACUUUUAUACAGCAAUUGCUUAGUGACGUCAGAGCGCCCUGCUUACUGCAGAUUUACCCAAUCGGGCAUAAAGCAAAAAAGUAAACAUAAUAUAGGUAUUUGUAGUACAGUGCUCAAACAUAAUGCACCCAGAUGUACUCACAUGAAAAUUCCCGGAAAAUUCCCACAAAGCAAGGUGGAAACGCUUGGCAUUGAUACUGCAGUAAAUACAGUGCUCUCUUUUUGUUGUGAACAAGAAAGCAGAAAAUAGAGCAUUUACAAAUUACCUGAUAAAUGCCCUAUUAAAGUUAUAUUGCUGACCUGUAAAUACCAUGGAAAAUCACUUUUCACAUCAUAAAAAAUUGUGUUUUACGAGACUUAACAAACUGGUGAUUGUAUAUGUCUAAAAAAUAAACAAAAAUUUAUCGGAAGAGUGUGUAUGGCAGUCUUAUUCAUGGUUUUUAAGAUCAAGGUGUUCAGACUGAUGAACAUGGAUUUACACUGCCUUACAGGUUUACUUACGGACAUGCAAACCAUUUCCCUAAUUCUAAUUUUCCAAACACCAAAACAAUGCACUCACGAAUACAAUGCCCUGUAUAUAAUCAGUGUAAUUAAAAACAACUGAAAAUCAAUUCUAAAUCAAUUAUCGACUUUCCUAAAAUCGGGUUGGUUUGCUAUUAAAUUUACAUCUCACACAAUAAAUAAUUGUUAGAAGAAUUUAUAAUUGAAUUGCACCAAAGCGAUUGUGCAAUGAUUUGCCUUGUGGGGAAUACAGAAGGCCUGCUGGGGCAAUCAACCAGUUUAAAACAACCCACAUUUGUUUUUGGGAAGUCGGCCAUUAAACACUUAAACCAAUAAAAUGUGCUAUUGAUAUCAACAUGAUAUUUCGACGCCUUAAUUAUAGGGUAAAAGGGUGUAUUGCAUUCGUAAUGAACCAUGUACCCUAGCGGAUUUCGACAGGUAGUUAAUUCUGAAUCGCUCUAUAUGUGAAUACAUUUUGUAAAACAUUCACUUUGAAAUUUAAUUUGGUUUAAAAAUUUAAAGAUGUAUCUAAUAUACCCUUUAAAAACGAUUCCCCCUGGGUAUACGAAAAUCAAAGCAAAAUUUGUUUAUUUAUUUAUUGCCCAGACACAUGCGUGCAAACACUCGCAGUAUGAUGGAAAUCGUUUCCAGCUGUCUUAUACUUUUCAGCAGGGAAAGGGGAACAGUCUAUCAAAGUGAUGGAUGGUACAGUCUCAUUGAGCCAGUCCCCCAGGGAAGUUUGUUCGGUGCCGAUGGGUUUCCAAUUGCAUUUUAAUCUCCGGGGAGUUGGCAACACGUUAAACUUUCGCUUUUCGCUUGUAGAAUGAAGUGUUAUGAGGUGGCCUCAAAUCGAGACUGUUCCUCCUAUAGCCUAAGCUGGUCAUGAUCGGGGGCAGGAGAUGCAGUGAGGCCGCCCGGCGGUUGCGAAGGCGUCCCGAUACCCUGGAACUCUCAGUUCUGGGCGGCCAACCCAUGGAAACGGAACUCCAGGAGGAAGAUGAUGAACGGACUCCAGCUACAGGAACUGGAAAUACAGAUGUUUCUAGAACCAAAAGUACUGAAGCAACCAGCAAAAGAACUCGUUGGUUUCAGUUCGCCAGGAGCUCAAAAAAUCGAAGGAAACGACUGCACUGCGAUGAUGAUGAGGAAACUGAGGAUCAGGGCGGAAGGAACUCUGAUAAGGAUGGCACCCGGAGGGCGUGUCUCGCCCAACCGGAGGGCAUGAACAUUGGCAGCUCCACACAAACCAUUGCCACGCCCCUGAUGGUGGGUGACAGUUUCUACAGCCUGGCCCCCGAAGGAGCCAAUCCAUCAACCAAUAGGUCCGUUGACCAGGAGCUGUACAAACAGAGGGAUCCCUCGGUGGCCUCGGAGACCAAGUCGCUUCCGAGUAUGAGACGUCUGUCCCAGAUAAGAAGGCGCCGCAGCUCGUACUACUUUUCGGAAAACGAACGCAGAAUCCGCGCCAACGACAAAGAGUUUAAUGCCCAGUUCAAAUAUCACAACAACUACAUCAAGACCUCAAAGUAUUCGCUGUUCACGUUCCUGCCCUUUAAUCUGCUGGAGCAAUUCCAGCGGCUGGCCAACUUUUAUUUUCUCUGUCUGCUGGUCCUUCAACUGAUACCCGCAAUCUCCUCCCUCACACCCGUGACCACAGCCAUUCCCCUAAUAGGAGUACUCACGCUAACUGCGGUUAAGGAUGCCUACGAUGAUAUUCAACGUCAUCUGUCCGACUCGCAGGUGAACAAUCGCAAGUCGAAAACGCUCCGCAAUGGCAAGUUGGUGGAGGCCAAGUGGUCGGAGGUGCAGGUGGGUGACGUGAUCCGGCUGGACAACAAUCAGUUUGUGGCAGCCGAUACAUUGCUACUGUCCACAUCCGAGCCAAAUGGUCUGUGCUUCAUCGAGACAGCCGAACUGGAUGGGGAGACGAAUCUCAAGGCGAAACAGUGCCUGACGGAGACCAUCGAGCUGGGGGAUCGUCACGAUUCGCUAUGGAACUUUAACGGUGAGAUCAUCUGCGAGAGACCCAAUAAUCUGCUGAACAAGUUCGAUGGCACCCUGAUUUGGCGGAGUCAGCGGUUCGCCCUGGACAACGAGAAAAUCUUAUUAAGAGGCUGUGUCUUGCGGAACACCCAAUGGUGUUAUGGCGUUGUGGUCUUCGCCGGAGUGGACACCAAGUUGAUGCAGAAUUCUGGAAAGACCCAGUUCAAGAGCACGGGCGUAGAUCGCCUGCUCAACUUUAUUAUUAUUGGGAUCGUCUUAUUUCUGGUGUCAAUAUGUGCCCUCUUUGCGAUCGGCUGUGCCGUGUGGGAGGGCCUGAUUGGCCAGCAUUUCCAGCUGUAUCUGCCCUGGGAGCGCAUCAUACCCAAGGAUUACAUACCCACGGGGGCCACCGUCAUCGGAUUGCUGGUUUUCUUCUCGUAUGCCAUAGUCUUAAACACAGUUGUGCCAAUCUCUCUCUACGUUUCAGUAGAGGUAAUACGCUUCGUACAGUCGUUCCUCAUCAACUGGGAUGAGGAGAUGUAUUAUGCGACCACCAAUACCUAUGCCAAAGCCCGCACCACCACGCUUAACGAAGAGCUGGGCCAGAUCCAGUACAUAUUCUCGGACAAGACGGGCACCCUCACCCAGAACAUCAUGACGUUCAACAAGUGCAGCAUCAAUGGGCGCAGUUAUGGCGAUGUGAUUGACCUGCGCACCGGCGAGCUCAUCGAGAUUACGGAGCAGCAAACAAUUUUCCAAAAUAGCAACACCAACAACAGACCCAGCCCCGCAGGUGGAGCUGCGAUAGCGCCACCUGCAGCAGCACCCCCCAUCAUCCUAGUGCACACGGCCGAGGUCCAUGCCAAGAAGAGUGCCCUGGUGGUCACCUCCUCCUCCUCCUCCUCGGGGGAGGCACAGGUAUCCUCGAGACCGGACUUCGAGCACUCUGCUCCGCCGCUGGACGCGGGUGAAAAGAGGCUGGGACUCAAACAUGUGCGAUACUCGGCGUCGAGUAGAAGUCAGGAGGAUGACCCUGGGGGACUGUCUCCCAGAAUGGGUCUUUCACCAUCCAUCGGCAAUGACGAGCGCAGGAGCAGCGGCGGCUUCAAGCGGAGCGGAGCGGGAUUUAUGCAGCGACAAUUGUCCCGCACAAGCAGUUGCGACAAAGUAAAGAUUUUGCAUGACACCGAACAUGAACAGACAGAAGCACACAACAUGCACCAUUCACAGCACCAUCGCAAGCGAUUAGUCAAGAUCCGGUUCAAGAAAUCCCCAUCAACAGUCACGCUCGAGCAGCCUUAUGAAGGGGAUCCAAAAUACACAUCCACACUGCACCCAAGCGAUUCGAGCACCACAAAGCACUGCCGCCAUGCAUUCGCCACCAAUUGGAGUUCGUCGCCUCAGAGAGUGCACGCCCUUCAAACCGUCGACUUUUCGGCCAAUCCGCAUUACGAGAGCGACUUCCGGUGGUACGAUCGCACGUUACUAGAUGCUGUCCGCUCGGAUGAGGAGCACUCCCAUGUGUUUUUCCGCCUGCUGGCCCUCUGCCACACGGUCAUGGCCGAAACGGUGGAUGGGAAACUGGAGUACCAGGCCCAAAGUCCCGAUGAGGCUGCUCUUGUGGCAGCCGCUCGCAAUUUCGGCUUUGUCUUUCGCACGCGAACACCAAAUAGUAUUACCAUCGAGGUGAUGGGACAAUUGGAGGAAUACGAGCUCCUAAACAUCCUUGAUUUCAACAAUGUCCGCAAGCGGAUGUCUGUGAUCCUCCGGCGCGGUGACUCCAUGGUGCUCUACUGCAAAGGAGCGGACAAUGUGAUAUACGAUCGUCUGCAUAGCGGACAGGAAGAUAUGAAAGCGCGCACCCAGGACCACCUUAAUAAAUUUGCUGGUGAGGGCCUGCGUACCUUAGCUCUAGCUGAGCGUCGUUUAACGGAGCAGUACUACAACGACUGGAGAAGUCGUCAGCAGGAGGCUGCCCUUUCGAUGGACUCACGGGAGCAAAAGUUGAACGAAAUCUACGAGGAGAUCGAGAGUGAAAUGCAACUGGUUGGAGUGACGGCCAUCGAGGAUAAACUGCAGGAUGGCGUGCCCAAGUCCAUAGCCAAUUUGCAGAAUGCCGGCAUAAAGAUAUGGGUUCUAACAGGAGACAAGCAGGAAACGGCCAUCAACAUCGGUUAUUCCUGCCAACUGCUCACUGAUGAGCUGGCCGAUGUCUUUAUAGUGGAUGGAAACUCUGUGGAAGAGGUAGAAAAGCAGCUGAGGCAGUUCAAAGAGUCCAUAAAGAUAUACAAUCGAUUUCGACCAGGAGGCUUUGAUCCCUUUGACCGGUUAAACAGCGACAGUAAUAUGGAUCCGCUGAGUGUGACCAUGACCCAAACAUCGGCCUUCAUGCAGGAGUCAAAUCUCCCGCCCACGCCGCCUCCACCGCCUGCCAUUUCGGUGGUUACCUUUAGGUGGGAUGACAAAACUAAGGAUAAUAAGGGCGGACCGGACAGUGCGGAAUGCAAUGACCUGUUCGGCGAUGAGAAGAGGAGCGAGGGAGGAGGCACUGCCUCCAUUGUGGUGGAUGAAAGCACAGGCUUUGCCCUGGUGGUCAAUGGGCACUCACUGGUGCACUGCCUUUCGCCGGAAUUGGAGACCAAAUUCCUGGACAUCGCCUCGCAGUGCAAGGCGGUCAUCUGUUGCCGGGUAACGCCCCUCCAGAAGGCGCUGGUCGUCGAGCUAAUUAAGCGUGCCAAAAAAGCCGUCACCCUGGCCAUUGGCGAUGGCGCCAAUGAUGUGUCCAUGAUCAAGGCUGCCCACAUAGGCGUUGGUAUCUCAGGGCAGGAGGGCCUUCAGGCUGUCCUGUCCAGUGACUAUUCGAUUGCCCAGUUCCGAUACCUUGAGCGAUUGCUGCUGGUCCAUGGUCGCUGGUCCUACUACCGCAUGUGCAAAUUUCUGCGAUACUUCUUUUACAAGAACUUUGCAUUUACCCUGUGCCAUUGCUGGUAUUCGCUCUUCUGCGGCUUCAGCGCUCAGACGGUGUUCGACCCAAUGUUCAUAUCGGUUUACAAUCUGUUUUACACGUCCUUGCCCGUUUUGGCGUUGGGCGUCUUCGAGCAGGAUGUCUCGGACAAGAAUAGCGUGGAUUUCCCACGCCUCUACACGCCGGGUCUCAAAAGCGAACUGUUCAACAUUCGUGAGUUCAUCUACAGUGUGUUGCACGGGGCCUUUACUUCGCUGGUCUUGUUCCUGAUUCCCUACGGCGUCUACAAGGACGGUGUCUCGCAGAACGGAUUUAUUGUCAGCGAUCAUAUGACCCUUGGCGCCGUUGUGGCCACCAUACUCAUAGUGGAUAAUACAGCACAGAUAUCUUUGUACACCUCUUACUGGACCGUUGUCAAUCACGUGACCAUUUGGGGUAGCUUGGUUUGGUACUUUGUGCUUGAUUAUUUCUACAACUAUGUCAUUGGAGGGCCAUAUGUGGGCUCUUUGACCCAAGCCAUGAAGGACCUGACAUUUUGGGUUACCAUGUUGAUCACAGUGAUGGCCCUGGUAGCGCCUGUUCUGGCGUACAAGUUCUAUCUACUGGAUGUGCAUCCCAGCCUUUCGGAUAAGAUACGUCAAAGGUCCUUGAAAAAGAUUCACUCGAGAGCCUCGAGUAAUGUCAGGCGAACGGCUUCAUCGCGUCGCGGACGUCGUUCCGUUAGAUCAGGAUAUGCCUUUGCCCAUCAGGAGGGUUUUGGUCGCCUGAUUACCUCCGGCAAGAUCAUGCACAAAUUGCCCCAGGACUUUGCCUUCCCACUCGGUUUGGGCACUAAAAAGACACAGGCCCUUCACAACAACCUUAACUCGGCCGAUGGAUCCUCGAAGUCCAACAACGCCUCGGGCCAACAUAUGGUCAAUAACAACACAAAUCUGCGACAGAAUCAGAACCAGAACCACUCGUCGAUGGCGGAUAUAACGGCAGAUGGUCGUGGAACUGGAGGAGAAGAUGGGAGAGGCAGUGUGAGCACGGAUGAUAUGAGUCCCCGAGCUCCCUGCCAGGAUCUGGAUACGAUUAAUCUCUAAGCUUUAGAUGCAGGUGCUGGAUCGGUAGCGGGUUCCGUAACAAACACCAAAAACUUUAAUGAAUUUAAGUCAGCAAAAAUAGGAUUAAGUUUAAGUUUUAGUCAGAAUAGAGCAGUAGAACUUAGUGAGGGUGUAUGCUAUUUUGUUCUGUGUGAAUGUGAGUCAAAAAAUGAAACAAGUAUUAUAUUGAA